AGGAGAGGGGCAGGACGAGGAGGGCGGGAGAGGUCCUCCCACCCAGGGGCGGGCUCCAGCACCGCAGCGCCUCCGGGACCCGUGCCACCGGGACCCGCGCCUGCACAGUCGUGGAGACAUGGCACCAGCCGGAGGCCCGCGGGCCAAGAAGGGCAUUUUGGACCGUCUGGACAGCGGGGAGCUUGUGGUUGGGGACGGCGGCUUUCUCUUCGCUCUGGAGAAGAGAGGGUUCGUGAAGGCAGGGCUGUGGACUCCAGAAGCAGUGGUGGAGCAUCCAAGUGCAGUUCGUCAGCUCCACACAGAAUUCUUGAGAGCGGGAGCCAAUGUCUUGCAGACGUUCACCUUUUCUGCCUCUGAGGACAACAUGGAUGACAAGUGGGAAGACGUAAAUGCAGCUGCCUGUGACCUCGCCAGGGAAGUGGCUGACGGAGGGGACGCUUUGGUGGCAGGCUGCCUCUGCCAGACAUCACUGUACAAAUACCACAAGGAUGAAACCAGAAUUAAAAACCUUUUUCGACUACAGUUAGAAGUUUUUGUCAGGAAAAAUGUGGACUUCUUGAUUGCAGAGUAUUUUGAGCAUGUGGAAGAAGCUGUGUGGGCUGUGGAAGUCUUGAGGGAAGUGGGCAAACCUGUGGCUGUGACCAUGUGCAUCGGGCCGGAGGGGGACAUGCAUGACGUGACCCCUGGAGAAUGCGCAGUCAAGCUGGCGCAGGCAGGGGCAAACAUCAUUGGGGUCAACUGCCGAUUCGGACCCUGGACCAGCCUGCAGACCAUGAAGCUCAUGAAGGAGGGGCUAAGGGAUUCGGGGCUGCCAGCUCACCUGAUGGUGCAAUGCCUGGGCUUCCACACACCUGACUGUGGCAAAGGAGGGUUUGUGGACCUCCCAGAAUAUCCCUUUGGCCUGGAGCCCAGAGUUGCGACCCGAUGGGAUAUUCAAAAAUACGCCAGAGAGGCCUACAACCUGGGCGUCAGGUACAUCGGCGGCUGCUGCGGAUUCGAGCCCUACCACAUCAGGGCGAUUGCUGAGGAACUGGCCCCGGAAAGGGGUUUUUUGCCUCCGGCUUCAGAGAAACACGGCAGCUGGGGCAGUGGUUUGGACAUGCACACCAAACCCUGGAUCAGAGCAAGGGCUAGACGGGAAUACUGGGAGAAUCUGCUGCCAGCUUCAGGCAGACCUUUCUGUCCUUCGCUGUCGAAGCCAGAUGCGUAAGAAGCAAGGAAAGAAAACUCUGAAAUGACGGAACAGAAAGAAAUGGCCUCAAGCCCUGACUUCCAUGCUGCUGUCCUCAGCCUGCCCUGUUCUUCCAGCUGCUGUGCAUCGGUGAGCUACUGUCCCUUCAGUUCAAGCAACACAUCCCUCCUGAGCAUGCUCACCAGAUGCUGUGGGGAUGUGGAGACACCGGGACCUGUCCUCCCUCCCCAAGUACUCUCUGACUAAUAAUGCCACAGUGCACCCAUAUGAAGGUCAUCAGGCAUGACCAGAGUUGGCUCUCAGAGUGGAUCUGACAUUCUUAAAUCAUCAGAAGCCAGCAAGAAGCUAUCUUAGUGAAUAAUUCAGAUGUCGAAGCUAGAUGCUUGAGGAAGCGGGAGCAGGGCUCUGAACUAGCAAUCGGCAUGCUUUUCUCAAGUGAUUUCUAUUGUAGCUACAAACACAUCUCAGUAGAAGAUAUGUCAAAAGUGUGAGUGAUGGCAGGAUUAUUAAAAUCUCAGCACUUUGCUUUCAAAGAGGAUUUUUGCUUUAAGGUCUUAGAGUUUGUAAGUGUAUCUUUAUAACCACACACAGUCAGAUUAUAAGCUACUGAAGCUCAGGACCAUAUCACAUGCUGCUUACAUUCUUCUUUAUUUAGCAUUAUGCGUAACAUAAUCACCAAUGCUCAAUGAAAUGCUUGUUGAUUAAGUCAAACAGCCGAACCCUGCAAGACCUUUUCAGAAGUCAGAGUUCAAGUCCAUCUUGUUGUAAUACUUUCUUGAUUCACGGUUGUGUUGUACACUGACAGUGUGCCCACUUUUCUCUUUUUUUGCAACAAUGUAGCCAUGUGUGACAAUUAAUAAAAUCACAAAUUAUUUUCCUUGU